GCCGGCCGCCGGGAGACGCGCACGGGCUGGUCUCUGCCCUAAUGCGGCGGCUGGCGGCGAGAGGCGCUGCAGGGGACGCGGGGGAGGUGGCGGCGCCGGCCGCGGACAGCACGCACUGCGCCCAGGGCCGGAGCACUAGCCUUUGGAGGUUGAUCAACUUAUGUGCAGUUUGGGAUACUGGAGUUUUCCUUCCCAUUGCAGCCUGGAAGGGAGCCUCCUCUGGUGUUGCAGGGAGGAGGCUGAAUGAAGCAGAGACGCUGAGCGCUAUCCAGGAGGCCCAGUUACAGCAGCUGGAGGCGGCCAGACCCUGCGGGCUGGGGAGCAGGGAGCGGGGCCCAGUGCUGAGGAUGGCCUGGCAGCAGCUGCCACCCUGGGUCCAUGCAGCCCUCCUCCUCUGCCUCCUCAGCCUCAGCGGGGCCAUUGAGAUUCCUAUGGAUCCAAGCAUUCAGAAUGAGCUGUCCCAGCCCCCGACCAUCACCAAGCAGUCGGUGAAGGACCACAUCGUGGAUCCCCGGGAUAACAUCUUGAUUGAGUGUGAAGCGAAGGGGAACCCCGCCCCCAGCUUCCACUGGACUCGCAACAGCAGGUUCUUCAACAUCGCCAAGGACCCCCGGGUGUCAAUGAAGAGGAGGUCUGGGACCCUGGUGAUUGACUUCCGGAGUGGCGGGCGGCCAGAGGAGUACGAGGGGGAGUACCAGUGCUUCGCCCGCAACAAAUUCGGCACGGCCCUAUCCAAUAGGAUCCGCCUGCAGGUGUCCAAAUCGCCCCUGUGGCCCAAGGAAAACCUAGACCCUGUCGUGGUUCAAGAAGGCGCCCCCUUGACGCUCCAGUGUAAUCCCCCACCCGGACUUCCAUCGCCAGUCAUCUUCUGGAUGAGCAGCACCAUGGACCCCAUCACGCAAGACAAGCGUGUCUCCCAAGGCCAUAAUGGGGACCUCUACUUCUCCAACGUGCUGCUGCAGGACAUGCAGACGGACUACAGCUGCAACGCCCGCUUCCACUUCACACACACCAUCCAGCAGAAGAACGCCUUCACCCUCAAAGUCCUCACCACCCGAGGAGUUGCGGAAAGGACACCCAGCUUCAUGUAUCCCCAGGGCACGGCAAGCAGUCAGAUGGUGCUGCGUGGCACGGACCUCCUGCUGGAGUGCAUCGCCUCCGGGGUCCCAACACCAGACAUCGCAUGGUACAAGAAAGGAGGGGACCUCCCAUCUGACAAGGCCAAGUUUGAGAAUUUUAACAAGGCUCUGCGUAUCACCAAUGUCUCUGAGGAAGACUCUGGGGAGUAUUUCUGCCUGGCCUCCAACAAGAUGGGCAGCAUCCGGCACACGAUCUCGGUGAGAGUAAAGGCUGCUCCCUACUGGCUGGAUGAACCCAAGAACCUUAUCCUGGCUCCUGGCGAGGACGGGAGACUGGUGUGUCGAGCCAGUGGGAACCCCAAGCCCACCAUCCAGUGGAUGGUGAAUGGGGAACCUUUGCAAUCGGCACCACCCAACCCAAAUCGAGAGGUGGCCGGAGACACCAUCAUCUUCCGGGACACGCAGAUCAGCAGCAGGGCCGUGUACCAGUGCAACACCUCCAACGAGCACGGCUACCUGCUGGCCAACGCCUUCGUCAGCGUGCUGGACGUGCCGCCCCGGAUGCUGUCACCCCGGAACCAGCUCAUUAGGGUGAUCCUGUACAACCGCACGCGGCUGGACUGCCCGUUCUUUGGGUCCCCCAUCCCCACGCUCCGAUGGUUUAAGAAUGGGCAAGGAAGCAACCUGGACGGAGGCAACUACCAUGUCUAUGAGAACGGCAGUCUGGAAAUCAAGAUGAUCCGCAAAGAGGACCAAGGCAUCUACACCUGUGUCGCCACUAACAUCCUGGGCAAAGCAGAAAACCAGGUCCGCCUGGAGGUCAAAGACCCCACCAGGAUCUACCGGAUGCCUGAGGACCAGGUUGCCAAAAGGGGCACCACGGUGCAGCUGGAGUGCCGGGUGAAGCACGACCCGUCCCUGAAGCUCACAGUGGCCUGGCUGAAGGACGACGAGCCGCUCUACGUCGGGAACAGGAUGAAGAAGGAGGAUGACUCCCUGACCAUCUUUGGUGUGGCGGAGCGAGACCAGGGCAGUUACACCUGCGUCGCCAGCACCGAGCUGGACCAAGACCUGGCCAAGGCCUACCUCACCGUGCUAGCUGAUCAGGCCACUCCAACUAACCGUUUGGCUGCCCUGCCCAAAGGACGGCCAGACCGACCCCGGGACCUGGAGCUCACUGACCUGGCUGAGAGGAGCGUGAGGCUGACCUGGAUCCCGGGAGACGACAACAACAGCCCCAUCACAGACUACGUCGUCCAGUUUGAAGAGGACCAGUUCCAGCCAGGGGUCUGGCAUGACCAUUCCAAGUUCCCAGGCAGUGUCAACUCAGCCGUCCUCCAGCUGUCCCCAUACGUCAACUACCAGUUCCGGGUCAUUGCCAUCAACGAGGUCGGCAGCAGCCACCCCAGCCUCCCGUCCGAGCGCUACCGAACCAGCGGAGCACCCCCUGAGUCCAAUCCCGCCGACGUGAAGGGAGAGGGGACCAGAAAGAACAAUAUGGAGAUCACGUGGACGCCCAUGAAUGCCACCUCCGCCUUCGGCCCCAACCUGCGCUACAUCGUCAAGUGGCGGCGGAGAGAGACUCGCGAGAGCUGGAACAACGUCACCGUGUGGGGCUCCCGCUACGUGGUGGGGCAGACCCCUGUCUACGUGCCCUAUGAGAUCCGAGUCCAGGCCGAAAAUGACUUUGGGAAGGGCCCUGAGCCAGACACUGUCAUCGGUUACUCCGGAGAAGAUUAUCCCAGGGCUGCACCCACUGACGUUAAGAUCCGAGUCCUGAACAGCACAGCCAUCAGCCUCCAGUGGAACCGCGUCUACUCCGACACGGUCCAGGGCCAGCUCAGAGAGUACCGAGCCUACUACUGGAGGGAGAGCAGCUUGCUGAAGAACUUGUGGGUGUCUCAGAAGAGACAGCAAGCCAGCUUCCCUGGUGACCGCCUUCGUGGUGUGGUGCCCCGCCUCUUCCCCUACAGUAACUACAAGCUGGAGAUGGUUGUGGUCAAUGGGAGAGGCGAUGGGCCUCGCAGUGAAACCAAGGAGUUCACCACCCCGGAAGGAGUACCCAGUGCCCCCAGGCGAUUCCGAGUCCGGCAGCCCAACCUGGAGACCAUCAACCUGGAAUGGGACCAUCCGGAACACCCCAAUGGGAUCCUGACUGGAUAUACCCUCAAAUACGUGGCCUUUAAUGGAACCAAAGUAGGAAAGCAGAUAGUGGAAAACUUCUCUCCCAAUCAGACCAAGUUCAUGGUGCAGAGAGCAGACCCUGUGUCGCGCUACCGCUUUACCCUCAGUGCCAGGACGCAGGUGGGCUCUGGGGAAGCUGUCACAGAGGAGUCACCAGCACCCCCGAAUGAAGCUACUCCAACCGCAGCUCCUCCCACGUUGCCCCCGACUACGGUGGGUGCGACGGGCGCUGUGAGCAGUACCGAUGCUACUGCCACUGCUGCCGCCACCGAAGCCACAACAGGCCCCAUCAUCCCAACUGUCGCACCUACCACCAUCGCCACCACCACCGUCGCCACAGCUACUACAGCCACUGCCGCCACCACCACCACCACGGAGAGUCCUCCCACCACCACCGGGACUAAGAUACACGAAUCCGCCCCUGACGAGCAGUCCAUAUGGAACGUCACGGUGCUCCCCAACAGUAAAUGGGCCAACAUCACCUGGAAGCACAAUUUCGGGCCGGGAACUGACUUUGUGGUUGAGUACAUCGACAGCAACCAUACGAAAAAAACUCUCCCUGUUAAGGCCCAGGCCCAGCCUAUACAGCUAACAGACCUCUAUCCCGGGAUGACAUACACGUUGCGAGUUUACUCCCGGGACAACGAGGGCAUCAGCAGUACCGUCAUCACCUUUAUGACCAGUACAGCUUACACCAACAACCAGGCUGACAUCGCCACGCAGGGCUGGUUCAUCGGGCUCAUGUGCGCCGUCGCCCUCCUGGUGCUGAUUCUGCUCAUCGUCUGCUUCAUCAAGAGGAGUCGAGGCGGCAAGUACCCAGUGCGAGAAAAGAAGGAUGUUCCCCUCGGCCCCGAAGACCCCAAAGAAGAGGAUGGCUCCUUUGACUACAGCGAUGAGGACAAUAAGCCCCUGCAGGGCAGCCAGACGUCCCUGGACGGCACCAUCAAGCAGCAGGAGAGUGACGACAGCCUGGUGGACUAUGGCGAGGGCGGUGAGGGGCAGUUCAAUGAGGACGGCUCCUUCAUCGGCCAGUACACAGUCAAAAAGGACAAGGAGGAGACAGAGGGCAAUGAAAGCUCAGAGGCCACAUCGCCGGUCAACGCCAUCUAUUCUCUGGCCUGAGGGAGCCCCCAGGGCACAGCCACUACUUUGAAAGUAGGAGGAGGGGAGAGGGGGAGACGAAGACACUGCAGACCUAGCACAAAGCCACCACCACCUUCAGGGACAAGGGUACAACGUGGGGUCUGCUAAGCUGUGAGGACCAGUCACCACCCAGCCAACCACAAGCCCCCUCCCAACGACCCCCUGUGCCCCGGGUGCCAGCUGUGGGAGAGCUAGAGCCAUGGCUACACUCAGCUGAGGGAGCUGGGUCCCUUGCUCAGCCUCACAGACCCCCUGAGCCUUCACCCCCACUGCCUGCCCUUGACCUCGGCACACACUCACCAGUCUCCGUUGGUUAUGGGACUUUUCAUUGUCUUUGUUUUUGCUCUGUGCAUCUUCCCGUCCAGACCCAACAUCUCCAUUUUCUCUUCCUUUUGAAGAAGUGUCCCUGGAAAAAGCAAGAAUAGGUGGAUUCUCCCCCAGGGAACUGCAAAGAUAGGCAAAAAGGACUGGUUGGUAAAGAACACAUAGAAAAGCUGUAGUCGUCAACCCGCCGCUGGGCCAAUGUAUUUCCGAAGGAUGCCUUUCUCGCCAUAUGCCUCCCCUCUCCCCAACCCCUCCUCUUCGGCCUUGUUAGUUGCUGAGCUGGGCUUGGCUGCUUUCUGAAAAAUGACAGUAUUUUGGCGAGGAGAGAGCGGGCAGCCUGCUUGCCUCGCUCUGGUUCGGUUGGGAGGUGGGCUUACCUCUUGCUCCUUGCUCUUACCCUGCCCCUUCCUCCAGAGUGCCCAAGACAAGAGCUGCGCUGACUCUGAAGGAGGAGUUUGAGAAACAGGAGUAGGUGCUGAUGGAAAGGACCUCAACUCCAGUGACCGUGUACCUCAAGCAAAAGAAAAUCAGCAUCUGGUCCCUGGGGGGCUGUGCUCACCUCAAGAGAGAAGGAAAGAGCAGGGUUUGGACUUUCUCCCUCCCCAUCAGUGAAACCCAGGAUGUAGGAGAGAGGGCCACACCCACCUGGUCAGGGGUCUGUGCUGCUGCCCUCACGGCAACUGGAACCCUGUGGGGCAAAAGCUUUGCUGGUGUGUUUGGGCGUGUAGAGCACUGCUCCCCUUUCCUCUCUAGCAGAUGGCAUCUCCUCGUCGAUUCUGUGUGACGUUGAAAUAUACGUGGUGUGUGGAUGGGGCUCUGUGGCCCCAGGACUGACGAUGUGUCCUUUCCUUAGGGUGUUUACAUAUCAGGAGAUCCUGCGGGAGCACCGCGCUGACGGUGCUGUGUGCCUGGCCCGGAGGACUCAGUGCUCCCCGUAUGCCUUAUGCAGCUCUGAUCUGUCCCUGCAGUUCCAGGCUCCCCCAACCCCUGCAAGCCUUGAAGCCUCCAGCAACACCUGUCUCAAGGAGAACGGGGCAGCCUCUGCAAGCAUCAUGGCAGAACCAGAAGCAGCCACUCGACACCCGCCCUGCCUCCCGUUGCCCCAGAUUGGAGACACUCGCAGACCUGCAGUUCUCAGAGACCGAAGGCGCUGCCUUCAUCCUCCCCACCUAGUCCAUUUUUGAAACCAAAGGUACCUAGCCUCAGAGAGAGAGAUCUUGAGCCUAAGAGUAACCCUUUAGCUGUUGCUGCAGCUAGAGUCGGUUUCAGGAGGGUGAAGCGGACCCCAGUAAUGGACCACCUGCCACAGGCACAGCCUCCGAUUUGAGCCUCCAGCUGCUUGCCAGGGGGCCUGGGCAGGAAUAGGGCUGCGUCCUUCAGAGACUUUAUUAAAGCAUCGUUUGCCACAUGUUUAAGCCACAAAGGUAUUAGCAAUGCUUGCAUCACUUAAUAAUCGGUCAAUUGAAGGUUAAACCCGUAGACACAUACUCUGCAGGUAAGAAACCAGAGCCCAGAGCUGAGCCAAUUGUGUUGUUCUAAGCUGAGAGUGAGUAACUGUCCUUUGGCCCAAGCCUGUCCAGGUUUGCUGCCCGGAAGCCCGAGGAGCAGCUUUCUCAUGGUGAAAGGGGAUAGGGUGAAUAGCAAGGGGCUGGGGAGUGAGCUCAGGGUCCCCUUCCGUGGCUUUCCUCAGCACCUGCCUGGAUAUAGCUUGGCGUUCCUGCAGCCCAGGCCCAGCGUCCCUGAAGGGAACGUCAGGGAAGUGUGCCUGUGAGCUGAAUUAAAGGACCGGCCUUUCUAGAAAACACUCUGGAUCUGAGCAAAGUAAUCAGUUUCUCAGGCCCUCAUUCCAUACUGCACCAUACAUGCUAGUGAACUCAUUGAACGGAAAACAGGCUCUUAGGGCAGGAAGGACUAAGAUGUCAUCGUACCCAUUCCCCUGCCUCUAGAAGGUGUGCUGUACAACCCGUGACCGGGGAAGGGCUUCUGCUACCAUAGGGUCUUGGGAGGAGAUGAUUCCUCAGCCUGGCUUUGCUCCUUGUUUUUGUCCUGCCAGGCUCUGUACCAUCCUCCUUUGUGUAGGAAGAUAGCGCCCUCAGCCCUCGUGAGGCUGUCACCCUGAGAGGCUGAAAGCUGCCCACACCACCGCGCCAUCACAGUCCUGGCAGGCUGGAGCAAACAUGGGCCUGAAGAACCAAGUUUACCCCAAGCAAAGAUGGCAGAUGCUUAGCGAGGUAUGCGGACUGCAGGGUUAGGGAGGCAGCCCUUCCAGGAAGAGGGAAGUCCAUUUUCCAUGGAGCUCAUGCCAGAGUCCACCCAGCUCAGCAGGAAAGCAGUGUUGUACGGCACCCCUUGCCAGCUGGGGCUCUCAAGCAACACCCUGAAAUAUACCAACAAGGAUGCCAGGAGAGGGCAAGACCAUAGGUGUCUCAGCCUCCUGGCCACGGGGAAGAAGCGUAGGUCGUCUUGCAGUGACUCUAGAAAUUCCAUUGCCUGUGCUGCAAUCCCACCUACUGUGCUCAGCUGUAAGAGCUGUGGCUUCUUGUUCUCAUUUGUCCAUCUGUUCACUUAGAUACUCUUGCACAUCCAAUCUGAGCCGAGCUCUGAGCCGUGGAUACAGGGUGAAUAGUCAGGUGUGGCCCUACCCUCCGGGGCUGACAGGCCUGGAACUGUGUCUUGGGUCACAGUGGGCGCUGCCUGGGAGCACUCUGAGUGCUUACGCCACCAAGGCUCAAGGCUCGAAGGGAGAAGCUUUGGAGCGAGGACCUGGUCCACAAGGCUGGGCAGUCCAAACCUGCAGGGUGGGCUUGAGAAAAAGUCCUCCUUCCUGGACCCCUUUGCUCUGCCCCUUGGGGCAAGUUGCUUAACUUAUCUGUAUUUUGGUGCCUCGUCUCCACUAUUUGGUCCCUCCUUUGAAUACCUCUCCCCACAGAGAGAGCUGGGCGCAGCUGAAGGAGUGGGGAGGCCAGUGUCAGGGAGCACCCCACUGCAGGCCCAGGGGACAGCCUGGGUUAUGGCGAAUGGGACGUGUCUUUCUUUGCCUUGCUUUUGAGGAGAUGGUUGAGCUUAAGCUAAAGGGAAAACCAGACUAUCUGCUUCCCUUGUCCAUUGCCUUUGUCCUGAGAGGUUGGAGGUAUCUGGCCCACCCCUUUCCUGGCAAGUCCCGAGGUCUAGAGAAGUGUCCACCUCUCGGAGAGGCAGCCAGGGCCAAUACUGCUCGCCCUGCACCGGGUAUCUGCAGCCUGGGCCCAGAUUGUGCUUUCAUAGUUUAGUUAGCCUUAGAAAAGGGGUGGAAACAGAUCCAAGGAUAUUUGUGGGUUUUCCAGCUAAGGGGCUGCCUCCUUGCCCACACACAGUACCCACCCCUGGGCACACCCACACGCACACACAGCAGACUGAGGCCCUACUGCAGGGCGGCACGUUCAGGGGGAACGAUACAGAUUAUGACAUUGUCUUGGAGAGGGUGCAUCCGCACCCAGGCCUGCCUGAGAUGGGAUGCGGAGGGCUAUGUGGGGUGCAGUGUGCAACUAAGGGCAAGGGGAAGAGCCUUCCAGGCUGGGCCGCAUUUGGGUAAUUCCCGUAGGUAGAACUGAGAGAGAGUCUGAUCCAAAGGGGAGGGAACCUUCCCCACAAACAGCACCGGCAGCGGCUCUUUGAGGCUCCUGGAGCCCUUUGCAGGGCCAGAGCCAAGUCACAGAGCAUCGCAGGCAGCCCGCGUGCUGGAAGCAGUGAGGAUUUUCACACGCUUUUGCCUCAGUUUUUGGAAGGCUGCUUCGCUAGCACUCUGAAGAGGUGAGGCUGUGUGGGCUGCCAGUCGGCAGGGCCUCUCCUCUUGAUGGGAGGGCAGCGGGUUCCAGGGAUACCGGCACAGAGCACGCUCCCCACUCGGGACACCUUGGUCCCCACUCCGGCAGCUCCUGCCAAACGCACGCGGUUAGAUCCGCCAGAAAGGAGCCGCCCGGGGUCCUGGGUGAGCUUUGCGUGGCGGCGUAGGAGUAGCAGGUAGGAGGUUCCUGAUUGAGAAAAAAACAGAGGAAUCAAACGAAUGAAACAAAGAGCUUGAAAUGUCAGGAGACUCAGUGCCCUGGGCAGCACCCCCCCUUGAACCAGGCAGGGCCACCCUGUGGGAGUUCACACCAACCUUGCGGCUGUCGCCAGCCAGGGCAGCACCCUUUCCUCCCCUCCCCUGCGAAUGGGCCUUCCAGAGACAGGUUCAGAGCAGGAUCAGAGGGACAGGAGGACGACCAUCCAGGGAAGCCAUGAGACCCCACUAAACAGUGUCUCAAGCCAAAAGCAGCGCUCCUCUCUCAGUGUGUCAGCAUUAGAGGGAUGUUCCAUAAUGAUAAGGAUGGAGAUGAAAUAGGUACAAAGGCAUCUAGUUUAGGACAGUUCAGAUGCCAGCAUGCGGAGGAAUCACAGAGCUGAUCUAAUCAAAGUGACUCAUCAUACAGACAAGGACACGAAAACCCAGGGGGUGAAGGGACUUGCCCACGGUCACACAGCUAGUAAGUCAAGGUGAGGUUAGGGCUUGAACUCGGGCCUUCUGACUCCUCGUCCAGUGUUCUUCAUCUCACCACAGCUGCCUCCUUGGAAACACAGGAGCCACUUACGACCAUCCUGCCGGUGCACCCUCUCAUACCUCUGUGGCACUUCUCCCACAGCCCCCUUAUUCCUCCCCAAAGGAAAGACACACAGGAUUUUUCUGAGUCCAAGACCAGUCAGUCUGUGCCAGCCUGUGGUGAACCUGGCUAUGCAGUCAAGGGCAGACGCAGGCCAGGACAAGAGGGACAAGCUGAUGGAUGUCUGCACUGUGAAGCCUGGACUGUUCCCUGGAGUGGUAUCUCUGCUUCGUAACACGUUGGGCCCCCAGCGUGCUGUGUCCCUGAGAAAUGAGGGCGUGGAGAGCUCUCUGUCCACCCGCCCUUGGCCACAGGGUGCUGAGGGGCAGCGGGACCCGGCGGAGCGCUGCCACCCUGGGAAUUGCUGGGCUGGAGUUCAGCACACGCAAAGACUUCAGUGAAGCAAUAAACACAAAAAUCUGGGAGAAGAAAUCCAGAAAUUUGUGCACUAUUCUGUUUCUUUUUCAAAAACGAUGCAGAUCAGAUGACCCUGCCCUGCUCUCUUUUCUGAUUCCCAAAUUCAGUGUCCUCAGUCAGUGUUGUCCCUCUGCCCGGCUGCCGGCUCUCUGCCAGCUUCUUCACUCCUCCUGCGCUGAGCAUCAGACACCUGUCACGUGGCCGCCCCGUCCUGGUCCCACCCCAGCCCAUGCUGGACCCCGGGGGCCUCUCGCCCUGCCCCCCCCACACACUUUCCAAUUUGUUCCUUUCAGUGGGAAAAUUUUCUCCAGUGUCUCCAUGCCUUCCCACAUACCCACACAGAAUUGGUCUGAUCUUUUUCCAUUAGUUCAAUAUUUAACUCACCAUGGCAGACCUUGUUUUAACCCCUCUCACAUCGUGUUCUUUCCUCCUUUGAGUUACUUUGCAUUAACCAAUGUUGUCAGCAACAGUUGUGUACCUGAGGGUGUCACGCACGACCUUCAGCAGGGAAGACUCCGGGCCGUGGAGGACCAUCUAAUAUAUGGACUUAGAAACUGACUGCAUGAGCAAUGAAAAGGCCAAAUUAUUCAGAAUUUUUUUUUGAAUCACUGUAAAAAAAACUGAUUUCUUUUGUAUAGAGAACACUAAAAGUAUAAUAAAAGUUGUUCAAAAUGGA